CUUCAUUUGUACCUAUGCUUCAUCGGAAAGUAAACGGCGACGCCGAUGAGAGAGAGAGAUUGAUUUUCCCAAUGUGGAAUCGUAAACUUUACCUUGCUUUCAAAUCCCAAAUUCAUAAAUCCAAUUCUUAAAUCCAUGGCUUCGAUACCCAUCUUCCACAUCCCAAUCUCAAUCUCCCACUUCCAUUUUCCAUUCCCUUCCCAUCUCAACAUCUCCGGUUCAGCCCGGAUUAUAACCGCUAAACGAACCAAGCUACUAGUUCGUGCUCAUGUUGCUACAAGAGUUCGUGCUCAUGUUGAAGUUGGUUAAAUUUUCAAGCCAAGUUUUAUCAACCACUUGCUCGGCAAUUUGGCUCCUUUUUAUCACCCCAGCUCGGGUUGUAGCAAUAUAAAGACCCGAAAAUGCUAGACCGGUGCUUCGGACCUCCGCAGCUAUGGAAAUUGAAGAUUUUCCUCCGUAAAGGAAAGUUAACGCUUCUCUGUUUGACGUUAACAGUCAUCGUCAUCCGCGAACACCUCGGCGCCGGGAAAUUCUGGACCCCGCAGCAAGACCUUAACGAGCAGUUCUACUCCACCCGCCGCGACCGCGUCCUCGAGGAGGCCGGAUCCACUGCAACUGCAGCCGCCGCCGCCACUGGGACCGCCGAGUACAGCUACGCCAGCGUGGACAUGACAGAGAUUUGGGUGGGCGAAGAUGAGCACGAAGAAAAACCUGAUCCAAACAAGCCUUAUAGUUUGGGACCCAAGAUAUCUAAUUGGGACGAGCAAAGAGCUGCAUGGCUGGGAGAAAAUCGCAAAUUCCCUAAUUUUGUCGGACCCAAUAAGCCUCGGGUUUUGUUAGUUACCGGGUCGUCGCCGGAACCAUGUAAAAACCCGGUUGGCGAUCAUUACCUAUUGAAGUCGAUCAAGAACAAGAUUGAUUACUGUAGGGUUCAUGGGAUUGAAGUGUUUUACAACUUCGCUUUGUUUGAUGCGGAAAUGACCGGGUUUUGGGCUAAACUUCCGUUGAUUCGGAAGCUCUUGCUGUCUCACCCGGAAGUCGAGUUCUUUUGGUGGAUGGAUAGUGAUGCUAUGUUUACCGAUAUGGCGUUCGAGGUGCCGUGGGAGAGGUAUGAGGAUCACAAUUUCCUGUUGAACGGGCAACAUCAUGAGGUUUACGAUAACAAGAGUUGGGUCGGGUUGAACACGGGUAGUUUCUUGUUGAGGAAUUGCCAGUGGUCUCUGGACAUUCUUGAUGUAUGGGCUACGAUGGGCCCCAAGGGGAUAAUUAGGGAAGAGGCCGGAAAGUUACUCACUAGAGAACUCAAGUACAGGCCUGCUUUCGAAGCUGAUGAUCAAUCGGCUUUGGUUUAUAUACUUGCGACGCAAAGGGAGAAUUGGGGUGAUAAGGUGUAUCUUGAGAACGCGUAUUGCUUGCACGGUUUUUGGGAUUUCCUUGUCGAUAGAUACGAAGAGAUGAUUGAGAAUUACCAUCCGGGUCUUGGGGAUCAUAGGUGGCCGCUAGUGACUCACUUUGUCGGGUGCAAGCCGUGUGAGAAGUUUGGGGAUUAUCCGAUGGAAAGAUGUUUUAAGCAGAUGGAUCGCGCUUUUAACUUUGGGGACAAUCAAAUCCUGCAAAUGUAUGGGUUUACACACAAGUCUCUUGCGAGUAGAAGGGUGAAGAGAACUAGAAACGAGACGAGCAACCCUCUUCAAGUCAAGGAUGAGCUUGGUUUGCUUCACCAUGCAUUUAAAGCAUUAAGAUAG